CAAAAUUGUAUGUGAAGGAAUAAAUUUUGUACAAAAAAAAUAUUAACUUAUGUCAGUUAAAAAAUUCAGUAUAUCAUAGAGAAAUAAAAAAAUAUCUUCGUUUAGUUCUUUAUACUCAGUUUGAAAGUAUAAUUUAUGAUACUAUUGAUAACAAUCGUUAAUUACAUUACAUUGUCAAGGAUACCAAUUACGAAAUCUUGUUUACAAAUGGUUGACGUUCGUUUACGAUAUUUCUUUACCUAUCGUAAAAAUGUCGAGUCGUAUGGAAUACAUAAUUUCACCAUGGGAAACCUCGACAUACGUAGAAAAUUUACAAAUUUCCGAGCUACAAGAUGUAGGAACAAAUGGUUGGCUAGAAUUUCAUAAAAGACUAAUCUUAUUAAAUCAACAAAGUGUUUUAGAAAUUAAUGCUUUAAGGGAAGAAACUAUAAAGGAAUUGUUUGUUUCCUUUAAAAAGAUACCAAUUCUUAUAUACGAAGCUAUUCAAAUUGAUAUAUGGAAGCAUAAAGUAUUUCCAUUAUUAAUAGAAAUAAAUGCCGAACCGAAAAAUACUUUUAUGCUUUUCACCAUAUUUUAUCACGAAAAUAUAGCCGUUUCGUUAUUAGAAAAUGUAUUGUUUCAUUGUGAAAGUGCCGUAACUAUUGAGGAUUUAGCCAUUGAUCUUGUUGAUUACUCAGUUAGAUGUGUUUCUAAACUAUUAAACAUUCAGGACGUUGAAAUUUAUGAAAACGUAAAAAAUCCAAACUCAUGUCUUGAAGAAAUAUUAGAAAAAAAGAAGGAACUUGAAUUUGAUAUCGGCAUGCGUUGCAUUUCAAUUCUCCGUUAUUUAGCAGAAUUUUCAGAUAAUUUACCGCUUUGUCUAUUGUCUCGAAUGCUAAGUACGCACGAUGUACCCUACCUCCUCGUUGAACUCAUCGAAAAGCAUCCAUGGACGAAGGAAAAUGAGGAUGGCGAAAAUAUGAUAUAUAACGGCGGUUGGAAAAAAGUAAAGUUAAGCGAAGAAGGACAAAUUUCUAAAAUAGAAGGCCAAGUUUGGUUUGGUUUACGAGAAUUAUUACUGAAUCCAAAGUGUGCGCCAUAUUACGAAAUUACUAUGCACAGAUUAUCUCAUCUGUUAAAGUUGCAGAAAUAUUUACAAGAAACUGUAUUAGAUCAAAUUUCUCCUUUGAUAGAUUUAAAAAGAUGGUUAAGUUAUUUAAGUAUAUCAUCGUCUCAAUCCAAAACACCACGUCCAGUAAAUGUAGAACUUAUACCACAGAUAAAGAUAUCAAUAAUGGAGAAAUACCAUAAGAAGUGGAAAAAAUUAGCAAAACACCAAUCGAAAUUCAUAUACACAAAAGAUGCAGAAGAUAUUAAAAAUGCAGCACAAAUUUUGAGCGAUGCGUAUGAUUUGGAUAAAUUGGAUUGUAUUGAUAUUAAAGAAUGCUUUCUAUGUCAGGAGGUGGCAAAGAAACGUUGUUCUAAAUGCAAAGAGGCUUGGUAUUGUGGAAGAGAAUGUCAAGUAAAAGACUGGGAAAAACAUAAAGCAAUCUGCAAUAAAAUAACAAAAAAUGCAGACUGCAAACAAAACUGAUUUAAAAUACAUUAAAGGAAUGAAGGUCCGAAUAAUUUUUCAAAUAUUAUAUGAUCAUUUCAUUUUCGAUUAUUACCGUAAGAAAAAGAAGUACGUUAUACCACGGGCCUACUCUAGUUCAGGUCGGAAAAUUGGAAAUUUGACAACAGUGUCAUCAGUCCUACAAUCACUUACUACUACUUACGAUCUAAAACUGUAAUUAGUAAAUAUUAAUUGACUGAAUAGGACCGUUGUGGUGACGGCUUAAUGUUCUGUUGUAUACGGCAUUACCGCAUCACAUGUUUCUUUCCGCAC